AAAAUCUUCUUCCGGGCGUUCGGAGCCGUGCGUCAGCUACUGUCCUUUACCUCGUUAUUACAAAGUCAACAACUCGAUCGUCCCUCUGUGAGCGCUGUGCCACACAAGACCCGAAGUUUUUUCCGAAAAAAAGCUAGAAUGAACGACUUGUUUUGGGGACUCUUUAAUCACUUGAAGUCUGACAGAGAUAGUUUCCAGCACUGGAAUGACGACAUAAAACGGCCGGACACGGUCAGAGAGAUGAUCCAGCACACAGCAGCUGGGUCCUCCUUGCCGGCCCUCGAAGCUCCGCACCCGAAGUCUGAUGGCCUGUGUGGGGCCAUAAUGCCGGUGUGCAUUAACGCAGGUAGCCAACGUGGCGACAUUAGGGCAGGCUUCUCGCUGUUUGGCUCUGCGUCUCGUCCACCACCUGAUGGGUUGGGGUACUCUACAGACUCCUAUCGUGCUAUUGAGACAGGCUUCUCGCUGUUUGGCUCUGCGUCUCGUCCACCACCUGAUGGGUUGGGGUACUCCACAGACCCCUAUCGUGCUGAUUCUCCAGACGCUAUGGAUCCAAGGGUAGUUCAAAGACCUAUGGGCUCCCGGGGACCAAAAGACCGAAAUAAAUCCUCUCAUUUGAAAACCAAGACUUCACCAUUGUCAUCUGCGUUGCCUGCGCGCAUGUCUUGCAGUUUCUGCCGGCACAACGGCGAGUCCGAGUUGGUGUGCACAUCCCACUGGCUGAAGAACCAGGUCGGAGAUGUUCUGUGUCCCUACCUGCGGCAGUACGUGUGUCCCCUGUGCGGAGCCACGGGGGCCAAAGCCCACACCAAGAGCUUCUGCCCGAUGGUGGACGGAGCGUACGACUCCGUGUACAAGAAGUGCAGACGCUGAACUAACGGGUAGCAAUAAGAUUUAGAAGGCUGAAUGUUCUUUUAGAUGUGAGUGUGGUUUUGUUUUAUUAGUAGCCUAUGUAGCCUUCUAUAAUGCUGAUUAGUCAGCCGAGCCUUCUCUAAAAGCGUCUGUUUGGUGUGUUGAUUUUGUGAAGUAUUUCAAGAAGGUCCACAAGAUAGCUUGUGAGAAGAGAAAAAAUACAUAAUGCAAUGAAAAAUGUAUGUUUAUUUUACAUAUUUUAAAACGUGGCCAAUCAUGUUCGGCUUCAUAUCCCCUGUUCUUGGAUUGAAGGAUUAUAGCAACAUCAUGUUUCCAUGUCAACAUUUUAAAGAAAUGAGUGACUUGUUCUGAGGUGUACAGUAAGUACCUGUUCCCUAAGUGUGUUUUAUUUUUAUUUUUGAAUUAUGUACCUGUGGCUCUUCAGCUCGUCUCACUUCGUGAAGAGGGAUGUGUUAAAAACUGUUUGAAUAUUAAUGUAUGCCAGAAAAUAUAAAUAUGUAAAUGAAAAUCUCUG